CCGAAAUUUUUUUCCCCCGCGCGCGCGCGCGCCAAAAGUUUCGCCGAUCCUUUUUUCCCGCCAGGCUCCUCUUGCUGUGCCUCAUUCGAAGUCGCGUUCCGGUAUUCAAACCACUCAGGGCCGCCCCCGCGCCGCGCGCGUCAACGCGAUUCGGUUCGGUUCCGGGUGGGGGGGUGGAGAGAGAAGAUGGCGGUGCGGAGGCGGGCGUCGGCGGUGGCGAUGGCGGUGCGCGGCUGCGGCGGCGGGAGGGCGCCGAAGCGGGCGCGGGUGACGGCGCCGGGGCCGUCGCUGCUCGACGACAUGGGGGCGUUCCCCGCGGAGGCGGCGGACGGGGAGAAGCCGAGGCCGGCGCCGGCGCCAGCGCCGGCGCAGUCGUCGUCGUCGUUCCGAGCCCGGGUGCGGGAGUUCCUGGCGCGGUGCGCGGUGCCGUCGCCGGAGAUGGAAGGGCUGUCUUGGCCGGGCACGUCGUCGUGGCAGGUCGCGUUUGCCUGCGGCGACGGCGGCGGCGAGGCGGCGGCGGCGGUGAUGGAGGUGGUGGAGGAGGAGGUGGCCAAGGCCCGGCGGGUCCACUGCGAGCACUGCACUGUUGCUGGCUGGAGCAAGCACCCUGUUUGCUCCAAGAGGUACCACUUCAUAAUUCGCAAUGAGAACGAAAUUGGCACCUCCAAAACCUGCAGGUGUUGUGGGUUCAUGGUGGCACUGCAUGAAACAAGAUGCCCAUCCUGCAACCACGUCAGCCUCUCUCGUGACGAUCCGGAAGAUUGGGACUAUGUGCAGCUGGAGAGUCCAGGUCAUUUGCUGCAUGGCAUAGUCCAUGAAAACGGCUUUGGCCACCUUGUCCGGGUCAAUGGCCGUGAGGGAGGAUCCAGUGUCAUGACAGGAUCCCAACUGAUGGACUUCUGGGAUCAGCUCUGCAGAAACCUCAGGGUUAGAAAAGUUUCAGUGAUGGAUGUUUCAAAGAAGUAUGGUGUUGACUAUCGAAGCCUCCAUGCUGUUGCCACUGGCUGUUCUUGGUAUGGCCUUUGGGGAUUCAAACUAAGCAGCGGAAGCUUUGGAAUCACACCUGAAGCUUACUGCAAAGCUGUAGACAGUAUAUCCUCAGUGCCACUAUCUAACUUCUUCCCCCACUCCCGGUCUCCUCGAAACCAGUUACAGAAUACCAUUGCCUUCUACCAAUCUCUCUCAAGUUACCCUCUCAGAACAAUCCGUGAACUCUUCCUCUACAUGAUGGGACUUGCCACCAGCAACAGUGUGCAGCACCAUACCCACCCAGUGCACAAAAAGAAACAGGCAGAUGCUGUCCAUUGUCAAGAGAUGGCAUGUGCGGCCCAUUAUCAAGAGGAGAAAUGGCCUGAAGAGGAAUUACAGCGAACAACAGAUGUUGCUCUUAAAAUUCUCCGUGCUGCAGGUAGAUGGGUUGCUACACGGACAUUAAAGGCAGUUACAUCCCAUCCAAUUGGUUCGCCACAGCUAGUCGAUUACUGCAUCAAGACGCUGGGUGGUACAAGAACCAAUGAUGGGAUGGUUGUCGCAGUUCGAUGCAACAGUGAGAUGAACACAUUAGAGUACAGGCUUACAGCUGAAACCCUCUUCCCAGCAAAUAACAUAUGCACCCUAACCCAAGAUCAUCUAUCUCGUGACAUCAAGUUCUUGUAUGAUGCACUCCUCUACCCAUAUACAAUGCAUCCUUGUAGACCAGAAGAAAAUUAUGAGCAAACCAGGAGGUCUGCGAUGAUCCUUUUGGACUGCAAGCAAUUCAUCAAGCAUUAUGAUCUGGAAGAAGACUUCUUGCCUCAAAACCCAUCACAGUUGCACAUUUGGUGCCAAGUGGAACUAGCUGAACAGGUUGAUGAUCCACCUUGUAUUCCAGUGGAGCUCUUAACACUUCCACAAACAGCAACUGUUGGCGAUCUAAAAGCGGAGGCUGUUAGAGCAUUUCGAGACAUCUACUUAAUGUUUCAGAGCUUUGUAGCUGACCAACUUCUUGAUUGUGCAACUGCAAGCGAGACCACACAAAUCAAUCUCUUGUUUGGAUCUAAGGGAGUUGUUCACAUCAAAGGCAGGUGCAUUGGAGGUGAACGACGGUUUGCAGUUUACAGAAUGGAGAGGGGUGUGGACAAAUGGACGGUUAUUUGCCCAUGUGGAGCAAAGGACGACGAUGGUGAGAGAAUGCUAUCCUGUGACUCUUGCCAUGUGUGGAUGCACACUAGGUGUGCUGGAAUCAGUGAUUUUGAUAGGGUUCCAAAGAGAUAUGUAUGUACAUCAUGUAAACUAACCCACAAGCCAAAGAGCAGUGGUUCCAGGCUAAUGUAUAGUAGUACUGCACCUUACAAAAGAUGCAAGACUAGCACAGGUUCCUUUAGCAAUGCAGCUAAAGGAUUACUGAGGCCUCACAUCCACUAACAUGUACAUGACAAUAACAAGGUUUAAUUUGAGGAAUGCCAGCUAUUAAUGACUGCAAUACUGUACACAUUUGAUAACUGGUUUGUGUAGUUUGUUCACUUAAAUUCACGAAACAUCAGGUAACUUACCGUUA